AUCUAAUCCAUGGGGAAAGUGGGGAAGAUGUGGAACAGCUUCAAAUAUAGAUGCCAGAAUCUCUUUAAUCCUGAAAGUGGAAACCGAAAUGAACAUGUAGAUGUGAACUCCAAUAGUUCAUCAGUUAAAGAUAAAAGUGUAUUUGCACCUGAUACCACUGAGCAGCAACCAAGCAGCCCUUUAAGAGAUGUUUCUUUACAACUGAGUCCAAAUCCUUCGAGAAAUUCUUCAAGAAAAAAUCAAAACUGUGCCACUGAAAUUCCACAGAUCGUAGAAAUAAGCAUCGAGAAAGAAAAUGAUUUGGGUGUUGCCACCGGAACUAGACUUGCACGGAGGGAUUCAUACUCGCGGCAUGCGCCCUGGGGUGGGAAGAAGAAGCAUUCCUGCUCUACAAAAACACAGAGCUCUUUGGAGAAUGAUAAAAGGUUUGGCCGUUCACGCUUGCAAAGGCGGGAGAGGAGAUACGGUGUGAGCUCAGUUCAUGACACAGACAGUGUCUCAAGCAGGACCAUCGGGAGCCGUUCUUUACGGCAGAGACUGCAGGAUACUGUUGGCUUAUGUUUCCCCGUUAGAACUUACAGCAAACAAUCCAAACCUCUCUUUUCUAAUAAAAGAAAGAUCCAUCUUUCUGAACUAAUGCUAGAAAAAUGCCCCUUCCCUGCUGGAUCAGACCUAGCCCAAAAAUGGCAUCUAAUUAAGCAGCACACAGCCCCAGUGAGCCCACAUUCAGCUCUUUUUGAUGCAUUUGAUCCUUCUGUGGCUUCUACAGAAGAUGAAGAAGAUAGGCUUAGAGAGAGACGAAGGCUCAGUAUUGAGGAAGGGGUUGAUCCUCCUCCUAAUGCUCAGAUACAUACUUUUGAAGCUAUGGCACAGGUUAACCCCUUAUAUAAACUAGGGCCAAAGCUGGCCCCUGGCAUGUCUGAGCUAACUGGAGACAGUAAUUCAACACCACAGGGAAGUUGUGCUCUGGAGGAAGAUACCACAACCCUCUGCUUGCAAUCGCGCAGACAAAAACAACGACAGACAUCUGGAGACAGCCAUAGCCACAUCAGCAGACAAGGAGCUUGGAAAGUACAUACUCAGAUUGAUUACAUACACUGCCUUGUGCCGGAUUUGCUGCAAAUUACCGGUAAUCCAUGUUACUGGGGUGUAAUGGACCGCUAUGAAGCCGAAGCACUUCUGGAAGGAAAACCUGAAGGCACUUUUUUGCUCAGGGACUCUGCUCAAGAAGACUACCUCUUCUCUGUGAGCUUCCGCCGUUACAACCGGUCUCUACAUGCACGCAUUGAACAAUGGAACCAUAACUUCAGUUUUGAUGCUCACGACCCUUGUGUAUUUCACUCCUCCACUGUUACUGGGCUCCUAGAACACUACAAAGAUCCCAGCUCGUGCAUGUUUUUUGAACCAUUGCUUACAGUUUCUCUUAACAGGUCUUUCCCUUUUAGUUUGCAGUAUAUCUGCCGGUCAGUGAUCUGCAGGUACACUACGUAUGAUGGGAUUGAUUGUCUCCCUUUGCCAGCAAUGUUGCAGGACUUCUUAAAGGAAUAUCACUAUAAGCAAAAAGUUCGAGUGCGAUGGUUGGAGCGGGAACCAAUUAAGAUAAAAUGAAUGGACUUCAGAUUCCUUUGUAAGCUCACUAGAAUGGUUCUUUUUUCUU